UAAGCAGCCUCCGCCUGGCCAUUCUAGCAAAGUGGUCGCCAUCUUGUAUCUAAUAGAAAAAUAAAAAUAUAUAUAUGAACCACUUUCUCCGUCCUCCGAGCAAUAAAAAAAGUGAGGAGGAUUAUAUACAUGAAAGAACGAAAGACUGAUAUUUAUUUUCGAACAUAAACCCAACUACAAUUUCCUUUCUAUUAUAACUGAGUAGGGCCCAUGAAGCAACUUGGCCUUCACACUGCAGCAAUGGAUUACAGAAACAUUAUUUGGAUAAAAACGGAGCCAACAGACGAGAUAUCGACUGUGCCAGACUCCACUGUCCAGGUUUGCCCAUCCACUGUGAACGUGAAAGAAGAAUUGCAAGAGUGUGUGAAUCAAGAGUUUCCUGAACAUCCGUUGGUAACGCUGGAGUCCACUAAUUGUCCCAAGGAGGAAACACAAAAAAAAUUGGGACCAGAAGAAACUGAGAACAUUUUAUGCAGUCCUGAAUUUGAUCCUCAGGCAAUGAAGGAGGAGGGUUUGGAAUUUGAUGACUGUCUUCAUGAAUGUGACCCCUUGGAUAUAAGAGAUGAGGAGGGGAUAGCGUCAGAAAGACUUGCACCGCACAGUCCAAGGUUGACUGAAAUCGCUAAUGAGUCUGGUAAAACUGGAUGUGAAGAAACACACCUGCAGGGAGCAACUUGUGAGGAGCUGGACAUUGAUGCAGAGAAAUCGACAAAUGUUGGUAGUGGAUCUCUAAAUAAAGUGUGUUUCUCUAAGCAGGAUAAUGCCCCAUGUGCUAGAAAUAACAUCUCCAAGGAAAAAGAAUUCACAUGUAGUUCAUGCAAGCAAACCUUUUUGUCUAAGUAUAGUCUAAUAAUGCAUGUGUUUACGCAUAUUGAUGGUGUACAGCCACCUGUACAUAUCUGUACCACAUGUGGUGAAGUGUUCCAUACCCAUGAUGGCUUGAGUAUGCAUUCAGUGGUGGAAAAAAGGACUAGCCAAGAAGAAAGUGAACAACAUAGCACAGUCUCCAAUAUCAAACUAAACAGGUCUGAUGUUUUUGGAGGAUCCUAUAGUCAGUCAAGUCCUCUAAUAACAAACAAUGAUGAUAGACCACACGUAUGUGACGUCUGUGGAAAAUCGUUUGCUGUGUUGCGGAGUCUUAAGAAACAUUCCUUCAUACAUACUGGCAAGAGACCACACAAAUGCAAAAUUUGUGGGGUUGCUUUUACUCGCUAUGCUCAUCUCAAGCAACACGCACUGUUACAUACUGGCGAGAGACCGCACAAAUGUAACGUUUGUGGGAAAUCAUUUAUUCUGCCUAGUCAUCUCAAGAGGCAUUCCCUAAUACAUAUCGGUGGGAGACCAUACAACUGUGAGGUCUGUGGGAAAUCCUUUACGGAAUGUGGUAGCCUAAAGAAGCAUAUGUUAAUACAUACUGGCGACAGACCCCACAAAUGCAAUGUUUGCGGGAAAUCAUAUACUGUAUCCGAUACUCUGAAGCGACAUGUCUUAAUACAUACUGGGGAGAAACCUCACAAAUGUGACGUUUGUGGCAAAUCGUUUACAAGGUCCAGUAGUCUAAAGGCCCAUUUCAUAAAACAUACUGGUGAGGCAUCAAACAAAUGUAAUGUUUGUGGUAAAUUGUUCACAAACUCCUGGAAUCUAAAGAUCCACGCAUUAGUACACAAUGGCGAGAGAAGACACAAAUGCGAUAUCUGUGGGAAAUCAUUUACUCAUUGUGGUACUCUCAAGGCCCACAAAUUAAUACAUACUGGUGAGAAACCCCACGUAUGUAAUGUAUGUGGAAAAUCGUUUACGGAGUCUGGUUCACUGAGGAAGCAUGUUUUGAUACAUACUGGUGAGAGACCACACAAAUGUGUCGUUUGUGGCAAAUCAUUUACGGAGGCUGGCAGUCUGAAGAAACAUUAUUUAAUACAUACUGGCGAGAGACCUUACAAAUGUGACAUUUGUGGCAAAGCCUUUACUCAAUCUGGUAGUUUAAAUGCGCAUAGGUUAAUACACAUUCGCCAGAGUACAAAAAUUUGAUAACUGUGGGAUAUUUUAAAGAAGUUCUAAUAAGGUGGGGAGUUAUGUUCAUAUACAAGACAGAUCUCACAAAAAUGUGUCACUGAUGU